AUGGGGUUGGGGACCUGGAGCCUGACCAGAGCUGCUCUGAUCCUCCUUCUGCUCCCAGGAAGCCUAACAGAAUGCGGGCGCAUCCGCCUCUCAGACCCCAUCAUCCGCCUGGGGGAUUCCGUCACGGCCUCUUGCAUCAUCGGCCGGAACUGUAGCCACCUGGACCUGGAGUCAGAGAUUCUGUGGAAACUGGAAUCAGAGCUUCACCCUGGGGGGAGACAGAAGCGCCUACCUGAUGGGAGCCAGGAAUCCACCAUUACCGUGCCCCACCUCAACUACACUCAGGCGCAUCUCUCCUGCUGCCUAUACUGGGGCAACAGCUUGCAGAUCCUGGACCAAGUUGAGCUGCAGGCAGGCUAUCCUCCCCCAGUGCCAUACAACCUGUCCUGUUUCAUGAACCUCACAACCAACAGCCUCAUCUGCCAGUGGGAGCCAGGACCAGACCCCUACCUGCCCACUAACUUCACCCUAAAGAGCUUCAAGAACCGGGGCAAAUGCCAGACCCAAGAAGAGCCCAUUCUGGACUGUGUACCUGAGGCUGGGAAGAGUCACUGCUCCAUCCCACGCAAACACCUGCAGUUAUACCAGAGUAUGGGCAUCUGGGUACAGGCAGAGAAUGCUCUGGGGACCACACUGUCCCAGAAGCUAUGCUUUGAUCCCAUGGACCUCGUGAAACUGGAGCCCCCUACACUGGAGGCCCUGAACCCCAGCCCUGUGGAGGCCCCAGCCCAGCCAGGCUGCCUGUGGUUGCACUGGGAGCCAUGGAAACCAGGCCUGUUCAUCACACAAAAGUGUGAGCUGCGCUACCAGCCACAGCUUGGAGAAGCCAGCUGGGCCCUGGUGGCCUCCGUGCCCUCCAAGACCCACCACCACGAGCUCUGUGGCCUCCUCCCAGCCACAGCCUACACCCUGCAGAUGCGUUGCAUCCGCUCACCCCUGCCAGGCUACUGGAGUGAUUGGAGCCCCAGCCUGGUGCUGAAUACCACCGAACGGGCCCCCAUCGUCAGACUGGACACGAGGUGGCAACAGAAGCAGCUGGACCUCAGGACUGUGGAUGUGCAGCUGUUCUGGAAGCCAAUGCCCCUGGAGGAAGACAGCGGGCGGAUCCAAGGGUACCUGGUCUCCUGGAGACCCUCGGGCCAGGUUGGGGAAAUCCUAUUCCUCUGCAACACCACAGAGUUAAGCUGCACCUUUCAGCUGCCUUCAGAAGCCCGGGAGGUGGCCCUUGUAGCCUACAACACUGGCGGGACCUCUCACCCCACACCGGUGGUCUUCAUGGAGAGCUCAGGGCCACCACUGACCAGACUCCAUGCUGUGGCCCGAGAUCCUCACAGCCUCUGGGUGGGCUGGGAGCCCCCCAACCCCCAGCCUCAAGGCUAUGUGAUUGAGUGGGGCCUGGGUCCCCCCAGCCCCAGCGGCAGCAAUAAGACCUGGAGGAUGGAGCACAAUGGGAGCAUUACAGGGACUUUGCUACAAGAGAACAUCAGGCCCUUUGAGCUCUAUGAGAUCGCUGUGACUCCUCUGUACCAGGAAGUCAUGGGACCUUCCCAGCACAUCUAUGCCUACUCCCAAGAAAAGGACCCACCCCGUGUCCCAGAGCUGCAACUAAAGCACAUAGGCAAGACCUGGGCCCAGCUGGAGUGGGUGCCUGAGGUCCCUGAGCUAGGGAAGAGCCCCCUUCUCCACUAUACCAUCUUCUGGACCAACGCUCAGAACAAGUCCUUCUCCACCGUCCUGAAUGCCUCCUCCUGGGGCUUUGUUCUCCACGGCUUGGAACCUGGCAGCUUGUAUCAUGUCCACCUCAUGGCCACCAGCCAGGCCGGGGCCACCAACAAUACAGGCCUCACUCUGAUGACCUUGGCUCUGGACGAGUCUGAGCUGCACAUGCUCCUGGGCCUGUUUGGCCUUCUGCUCUCGCUCAUCUCCCUCUGUGGGGCUGCCUGGCUCUGCUGUAGUCCCAGCAGGAAGAAUCACCUCUGGCCAAGUGUUCCAGACCCAGCCCACAGCAGCCUAAGCGCCUGGGUGCCCACCAUCAUGGCAGAGGAGACCUUCCAGCUGCCCAGCCUUCGGGACCCUGGCAUGCCCCCUAUUGCCAAGAUUACGGUGCUGGAGGAGGAAGAGAAGAAGCCUGGGCCCUGGGAAUCCAGUAACAGCUCGGGGACCUGUGGCCUUCCCACCCUGGUUCAGGCCUAUGUGCUCCAGGGGGUACCAAAAGAAGCUUCCACCCAGCCCCAGCCCCAGCCCCAGCCUAACACCAAUGACCAGGUCUUUUACGGGCAGGUGCUGGGCAGCCCCACAGGCCCAGGGCCAGGACACUACCUCCGUUGUGACUCCACCCAGCCCCUCUUGGAAGGUCUCACCCCCAGUCCCAAGUCCUAUGAGAAUCUCUGGUUCCAUACCAGCCCUCUGGGGGCUCCUGUUCCCCCAUCCCCAAGCCAGGAGGAUGACUGUGUCUUUGGGCCACUGGAUUUCCCUCUGCUGCAGGGACUCAGGGUCCAUGGGAUGGAGGGGAUAGGAGGCUUCUAG